AUGGCUCCUGCUGGUAAAAAGAUGGAAAUCGAAUUUAACAGAGUUAAAACUGACUUCAAUCAGAGGGGUUAUGAACUCUCUCUUCCACCUUCAUGUAAUUUCGCAUCCAAACUUAAUCUUGAUCUAAUCAAAUCUGAGCAAUUUAAUAACCGAAAAAUCAUCAUUUCGUUAGGUCAAUUUCAAUUUCUACCAAUUCCCUUAUAUAAUCCUGAGAUUCCUCUUUUCUAUAGAAUUCUUGCUGAUGAAAGAUUCACACUAUUUCAGUUGAGUGGUGAUGCUAUCAGGAUACCACUAGAGUAUGCUCGUCGCGCAGCUGGUCUUGGAAAUUCUUAUCCUAAUGAAAAUUAUUACAUCGCUAUUGUGAAAAGUAACGUGACUAAGUGGGUUGUUCGCAUAAAGAGAGUAGACGGUAUCACUGAAGAUGAAAAGAUUAUGCGAGACGUUGAUUGGAACUCAAACUAUAAUCGUGUUGCUCCCAGAUCCAAUGAUUCUAGUUGGCUUAAUUUCCCUGUCAUCUUGGAAGGAUCCUUUGUAUCUCGUAAAGCUGCGGAUGGUUCUGACAAUCCUCUGCCCGAAGAUUUUCCUCUUUACCAACCUUGGGAAUUUAAAUUAUUUGAAAAUGAGGAAAAGAAAGUAGCGGAUGCCAAAAAGGUGAAUCCUUUGAACGACAAAACUUUAGGCAAAAGCAAGAGCACUUCUAAGAAAUGCGCAUCAAAAUCUGAAUCCAAGAAAACCUCGUUAAAAAUGAUAUCUCUAGAAAGCGUGCGAGAUGCUCUUGCUACUCUUGGGGAUGAUGAAACGGAUCGUGCUUUCCAGAUGGUCUCAAGGAUCUGUACUGCUUCUGAUUGGGGGGAUCGAUCUCUUCGUGGAGCUGCCUCUGUGAUAAACCCAGAUUUUCAAUUUGCGAUGAAUUGCUUGAGUGCUCGCAUAUCUUAUGCGAUUUCUUUAGACAAUGAAAGAAAGCUUCGCAAGUUGCAAGAUGAAAAUGCCACACUGAAACAGGAGAAAUCUAUUCUUUCGGAUACGAAUGCGAAUCUUACAGGCGAGAAUAUGAAACUUAGAAAUGAGAAUUUAACUAAUUCUCAAUUGGUUCUCCGAACUCGAGAAAGAAACAAAGAACUCAUUCAUGAAGCGGCUAACCUCCCCUAUGUUGAAACUCUUUUGGAACACCUCAAUUCCUCUUUAAAUAAUUAUCCUACUCUAGGAUUUGAAAAUCUCAGCUUAGAAGAGUUAAGAUUAAAAUAUACUACUCUUAGAGAACGCCAUAAAAGUGCAUUAUCCACUGCCAAUAAUUUUAAACGACGUUUUUAUGAGGAGAGAGAAGCAAUUCAAGUAUUGGAGGCGAAGAAGAACAAAUUUAUUAUUGAAAAAUAUGAGAUCACUCUUAGGGGUGCAAAAACACUAGAACAAUUUCAAGAAUCCCUUAUUGAGGUUAAGAUAGAACGUGAUUCAGCUUGUCGUGAGAGGGACAUUCUUAUUGAGGAAAGAAAUUUAAUUCGAUCUCAACUCCUUAUAGAAAGUGAAGUUGAGUUUAACUGGGCUGCUAGAGUUCUGAACGAUGCUAGAAAUAAUCUAAGUGUAAAUGUUAGCCUUCACACUGAACAUUCUACACUGGUCGCAGACAUUACUUCCAAUUAUGAAGAGAAAGAGAAGGAAUAUCAAAAGAGAGUUGCAGAGCUAGAAACUCGCUUGGCUGCUAAAGAAGAAGAAUCAUCUGCUUGUAACUCAAAGUAUCAGCAAUUGAAGGAAAUUUGGUUUAAUUUAGUCCAAAACAAUAGUAACGAUGUUAAUCGUUCUCGUGAGGCUGUUGUUAAAAGAGUUUGUCUAGAGAAUGUUACUGAUGGAGAAGAAGAUUCCGAAGAGGAAAUUAGUGAUUCUGAAUCUGAGCGAAAUGAAGAAGAUGAAAGUUAA